AUGAAUACCUCUCAACCGCAACUUGUCAUUUUGAGGCAAGGAGGACUCAUCGAAUACCGCGUAGAAAACUGGCGUCUGUCGCGCGAUGGUAGCGACCGGGUGGUUUGGGGCGUGACUGGCUGGCAAUGGUAUUACGCCCUCAUUCCACUCAUUGUCAGCAUUCUGUGGCCCCGGAUCAACGAAAGCCUUGUUUACCUGACGGCCGUGGGGUUAGCUCUCACCGGAUUUGCGUAUCGCAAAUGCACUCAAGUUCUCUGGGAGUCGGUUCUCUUCUUUCCUUUCAUUGGGAUUCAACUGGAAACCCACCGUGGCUUACCGUGGUUCGCGCCGCUUACAAUCGACCGCCAAUUCAUUCCCCUCGGUGCCUUGGAAGACUUCAUUAUCAACGAAGGUCUCCAUGGGUGGAAUGUUCGGUAUUAUGCUGCUGCACUUACCUCGACCGAGUCUGGAGCGAUAAGAGCUCACGUUGCUUUUCCCAAUAUUUUGCCCCAUUUCCCAGUUCUUUUGGAGGUCUAUCGCGGCGUACAGCGUGAUCUAAGCAAUGCAGUGUAG